CCACAUCCUCUCAUUUUAAAACAUAUUUUUUCCUGAGGAGAUGUACACACACAGCAAAAAGCUCUGCCCUGCAUCCUCUUAGCUCCUGAGGGUUGCGGUGGCAAAGACGAUUGUUACAUCAAUGGCAACAGUUUCAUCAGAAUUGGACUGUGAGAGAAUUCUAGCUGAGAAUUCUGUCAUUUCUGCCAAUGAUGGCUUCCGAAAAAGAUGCUGGUCCUGCCUUACCCAAACUUGACAACAACCAGACAGCAGAGAACAUAUCCAAACCUGUUGAAGAGUGUGAGGAUAUCCACUUGCCUCGGUUCUCUCUAAAGCAAGGGAUGAUCCCGACACGUUACGUUAUGCCUUGGAAAGAAAACAUGAAAUUCAGGAAUGUGAAUCUAAAGCAAGCAGAGGCCUGUGGGAUCUAUGCUGGCCCCUUGGAAGAUUCUCUGUUCUCGGGUUACAGCGAGCGGCUUUGUCAUGGGGAAGACCGGAAAGCUGUCCUGAAGAAAGGCCCGCCAGAGAUAAAGGUUGCCGACUUGCCUUUGCAUUCGCCUCUCUCCAGAUUCCAGAGCACAGUGAUCUCCCACGGCUUCAGGAGGCGACUGAUCUGA